CCAGAUCCACCCCGACACUCACCCCGUGCACACCGAGGCACAGAGGAGCUAAAAUGGCUGAACCAGAGGCGAGCGAGCUAACUUCUGCUGGCAUUUUCCAGGAGAUCUUCACCUCCCCGCUGAACCUGACCCUGCUCAGCCUCUGCCUGUUCCUGCUCUACAAGAUCUUCCGCGGGGACAAUCCGCCGGAUGUCGGGGAGGUGGAGCCGCAACUGCCGAAGCUGAAGAAGCAGGACUUCACCCUGGCGGAGCUGAAGCCCUACGAUGGGCUGCAGGACCCGAGGAUCCUCAUGGCCGUCAACGGGAAAGUGUUCGACGUGACGCGGGGGAAGAAGUUUUACGGGCCAGAGGGGCCCUACGGCGUGUUUGCUGGCAGAGAUGCAUCCAGAGGGCUGGCUACGUUCUGCCUGGAGAAGGACGCCCUGAAGGAUGAACACGACGACCUGUCCGACCUGAACGCCAUGCAGACGGAGAGCCUCGCUGAGUGGGAGGCUCAGUUCACAUUUAAGUAUGACUACAUCGGCAAGCUUCUGAAACCAGGAGAGGACCCCGCAGAGUACACAGACGACGAGGAAGCAAAAGACAAGAAGACGGACUAGAACAAAAAGAUGUGACCGAGGGGGAAAGAUGAUAGAUGCCUUAAUGUUUGUAAUUCGAUGCUGGCUGCUUCCUGUUGGGGCCAUUCAGAGAGAACUUCUCCAUCUUCUCCGAUGUGCAUUCUAGUGUUUUUGGAUAACGACAAUCCUGGAUUUGAUAUGCCGGCUCCGUUCAUCUCCAUGUUAAGUUAUGUGAAGGUUUGAUGGCAUUAACAGUUAAGCGUACUGCAUUCUGAUGUAGAAAUGAGCAGCGCUGUCAGAGCUCAGAUUAGUUCAUGUAAAUAUGAAGCUGCUGAUGGUUAAAUGUUCGGCAGGUUGAAGUUAGUUAGUCUAAAGGAAGAGAUCUGCUUUGUUCGGCUCACGUCAGUAACAGCCCUUCACAUCAGUUUCAUCAUCCCCCAUCCACAGCUUUGAUGUACACUUUAAUAUGGCUGCUGUUCUGUUGCAGGUUGUACACAUUCCUCACAUCCUUUCAUUCAUCUGACUCAGUUUGCUUAGAAAUGAACGAUCUCAGGAGGUAUUUUGAUUCAACAUUAUGGGAAAAUAUGAAUACAGAUAUCAUGGUUUAUUCUCUAUUUGUGUCUAAUCUAAGUAUAGUCCUGCUGUUGUAGAGAUACAGGGAAUUACAAAUUCGAAACAAAACUACAGAACACAAAGUUUAUCGGAGCAAAUAGCCCAAGCCACUUAAAACUUACCAAAUAAACUUAAGCUUUACAGAAAUAACAUCAAACCUCUCUGAGUCUGGUUGACUGACAAGUUUCCCUGAAAUCAGAGGACUGAUGGCUUGAUUUUCUUUAGCCUGGUCUCUGAGAGAAAACUACUUAAGUAAAAUCAAAGUUUAUUUGUAAAGUUUUAAUAGCUUCACAUUACUUGUCCUUCAGGGACGGAAUGCACUUAAUUAGACCAAUUGCUGAUGAGCUGAAGUAAAUAUUCAGAUGUUAUAACAUAAACGCUGCGAUACAGAUAUUUUUAAAGCACGAUGUCCUAAAUAAACAACCCAAAUUUCCCCAAACUUCCAGUUCUAUCUACUUAAAUUAGUGAUUGGAUUAAGUCGAUUUUAUUUUAUUUUUUUUUUUUUGUUUUUUGGUCAGCUCUUCACAAUAAAAUAUUAUGUUCAGAUGUUUGUAACAUUACAACACAUCGAAUGCAGCCUCUGAUCUGAACUGUCUUGCACAUUUGGUAAAAUUUAAAAGGUCUCACUUCCACUGCUGAUUUCUGUUUCUAAACGCUUCUAAACUGAACCUCGCGUGAUUCCCACAGUGACGUUCUAGGUUGUUAGACUUUGAUUUUGGACUCCACAUUGGGCACUGAAAGUAUCGUGCAAUGAUUCCCUGCAAAAAACAGAACAGCCUGUUGUCACUUUCCAUUUAAACAAUUUCAAUGAGGGAACAUGUACACUAUGUAUGUACAUACAUAAACUACUAUACUGUCAGCCUGUUAUAAUCAUGACUGAUGUUUUUGAUUUAAUAAAGAAAAGUUCAAAAGGA